GAGCUUGCUCCUGAUUCUAUAAAACAGCCUGGGAAUCGCUGACUUAGUGAAACUCCCAGGUGGAAACUGCUAGAACACAGCAGCCUGACACAGACCAGCGAUAGCCGGGUUUAUAAAACCGUUUUGUUGGAUUUCUGCGCUGAUUUUUCACUGAUAUAAAAUCUCACUGAGAUGACUUCCCGCUAUCUUCCUGCUAAAACGAUUUUAUUUGAACGGGGCAGGUUUGGCCUGACAUACCGCAUUCCGGCUCUAUGUUACCUGGCCCACUCUGCGGCCAUUCUGGCCUUCGCUGAAGAGAGACUGAGCCCAGUUGAUGUUGACGCUACUGUCCUGGUCUUCCGCAGGGGAACAGUGUCCAGGAGCCACGUACAGUGGGGGGACAUGGAAAUUCUGCACUCCGCCUACCUCAAAAAUCACCGCUCAAUGAAUCCUUGCCCUGUUUAUGACAGUUACACUGACACCCUCUUCCUUUUCUUCAUCGCUGUCCUGGGGCGCACCACAGAAUCCUACCAACUGAUCACUGGCAACAAUGUGACCCGUCUGUGCUGUGUGCGCACCACUGACCAGGGCCACAGCUGGAGUGCUGUUACUGACCUGACUGAGUGUGCUAUUGGCUGUGCCAUUGAAGAAUGGGCCACCUUUGCCCUGGGCCCAGGGCAUGGCAUCCAGCUUCCAUCUGGGAGACUUGUUAUCCCGGCCUAUGCCUAUCACAUUGACUCGAAAGAAUGUUUUGGAAGAAUCUGCAGCACCAGCCCACAUUCCUUCACUUUCUACAGCGAUGACCAUGGCAAGGUCUGGAAGUCUGGGGACUUCAUAGACAACCUGGCGACUGUGGAGUGCCAGGUGGUGUCAGUGGAUCAGGAGGAUGGGCAUGGUGUCCUGUACUGCAAUGCCAGGACGCUGCUGAAUUUCCGGGCUCAGGCGCUCAGUGCUGAUGGUGGUGCUGCCUUUCAGGAAGGACAUCUCAUCCCGAAGCUGGUGGAACCACCCCAGGGAUGUCAUGGGAGUAUCAUUGGUUUCCCAGCUCCCAUAGUGAAGAAGUGUGAAGACCUUCUGGCCUUUAGAGACUUUGACUCUGAAAACCAGCAGCAAACUCGACUUUGGCACAAGGGCUUGAAGCUCAAUUUGCGGUCUCCAACUUGGGUCCUGUACUCUCACCCAACCAGCCCAGCAAGCCGGCGGCACCUGGGAGUUUACCUCAGUACCUUUCCACAGGACCCUUGCAGUUGGACUGAGCCCUGGGUUAUUCACGAAGGGCCCAGUGCCUACUCUGACCUGGCAUUCAUUGAGAUGGCCUCUUCCAAGAGCCCUGAGGUUCAGCUCCCAGCAGUGGCUUUCGCCUGUCUUUAUGAAUGUGGGUCCAAUUCACCUUAUGAGAAAAUAGCAUUUAGCCUCUUCACAAUGCGCGAGUUACUCCACAAUAUUCCACAUAUGCCUGCACAGUCCCAGGUGGAGCUCAGCACCAUGCCUAACUCUGUCUGCUGUCCCAUCACAUGAGUUGGGGUACAACUUCUGCAAAUGGUGGAUGAUUAAGAUGAGCUUAGCUGUAGUAAGCAGAUCAGAAGGAAUGAUUUUAAUUGCUUGAAGCAAAAUAAAUUGAAUUUGUAGCAAA